UCGCUGACGCCAAUUUUGUUUUAGUUUUUGUUUGCUCGGCGCCCGAAGCUUUCCGCCAUGAGCCUAUCGGUUAGCCGUGCGCGAGCCUAACCGCGCCGUCUUAAGUCGUCUGCUAGCUUUUGCCAAUAUGUACGGGAACUUUUACCUUUUACCAGCGUUAUAACUCGCAGCUAUGGCCCUUCCGCCCAACUACCGACAAGCGCAGAUCGCCGCGGCGACCCCGCCUGCCCCUCAAAGGCCACGGGCGCAAGGCACAACUUCGAAUUCAAGCUCGCCGAUGCCUUCUUCCGCCAACAGCAGCCCUUUCGUGCCAUCCCCACAUGGGCACCCAUCAUUCAAUCCACUCAAGUUGGGAUCACGUGGCGUUGGAGGCGCCGAAAGUCGUGUGCCCAAACCACCAAAGCCACCUGACAAACCCUUGAUGCCUUACAUGAGGUACAGUAGAAAGGUAAGAAAAAUGGUGUGGGAUCAGGUGAAGGCUACAAACCCUGACCUGAAGUUGUGGGAAAUCGGCAAAAUAAUCGGUCAGAUGUGGAGAGAACUGCCAGACGAGGCAAAGCAGGAAUACGUCGAUGAUUACGAAACUGAGAAGAUGGAGUACAAUGAGGCACUCAAGUCUUAUCACAGCUCCCCUGCAUACCAGGCAUGGGUGGCAGCCAAGGUGAGGGCCCAGCAAGCUGCCGAAGAAAGGGAGGCCCUUGAAAGGAGUCCGUCGGUUGUAAGUUCGUCCCUCAUGAGUUCCCAAAAAAGUGAUGGCAAGGUUAGCAUACAGCCGGCAGAAGACGAAGAUGGGAUAGGCUCUGGCUCGAUGAGCAAUAGCAUUUACCUAUUGGAAGUCAAGGGUUUGAGUGAUAUCGAUGAGUUCUCUGUGAAGCACAUAGCAGCAUCUCGGUACAUGCGGAAUCACAGGUUGAUCAACGAAAUCUUCAGUGAUGCUGUAGUGCCUGAUGUGAGGUCGGUUGUCACAACAGCACGGAUGAGUGUUCUUAAGCGUCAGGUGCAAUCCCUCACUAUGCACCAGGAAAAAUUGGAAGCUGAACUGCAACAGAUUGAAGAAAAAUUUGAAGCCAAAAAGCGAAAGUUCCUUGACGCCAGUGAGCUGUUUCAGGCAGACCUGAAAAAGCGUUGUGGAAAGACGGUCGACACGGAGACGUACCAGAAGAUGGUGGAGCGCGCUCUGGAGCAACUCAAGAAGGACAAUGCAGCCAAGGAGGAGCAGCGUGGCAACGGCGACAGCAAACCUAAGGAAGGCGAAGAGGGAACAGACGGUGGUGCGGCGGGCUCGCCCGAAGACGAAGGAGGUGUCGCCAAAGAGGGGAGCAGCCUGCCCGAGCCCAUGGACACGUCGUCGUCUCCCCCCUGCGCCCCCACAGGGGGGCAGCAGCAAACGGAAGCUUCGGCUGUGCCCAAGGAAGAAGAGGACAAUGAUGACGAAGAAAGAGGCAGCGGCAGCCACAGUGGUCCUCCUCCUGCCACCAACCAAGAAUCUCCCACUGAGGACACGCAGCAACAAGCGAGCAGUGGGGCAACCACAGCACCCUCCCAACAGCAGCAGCAGCAACAGCAGCCUCCCGCAACCCCCAUGGAAUGCGAGGACACUGCAGAAAGUCAAGACUCUCAGGAAAGGAGCGAUGGGGCUUUUUCGGACCAAGAAAGCAAGGAUGCAUCAGGUCGUGCUCCUGAAGUUAGCACGAGGCCGAGUGAAAUUCCCAGGAUAGCCAUGGAAUCACUCAAUCAGGCGACACAAGAAAUGAGUGGACCUCAGUAGACCUCAUGUCUGUUAUACCAUCAGCAAUUUUUUUUUUUUUUAUUCAAGUGUUUGUAAGCUAUUUUUGCCAUGCUGCACUUUGGUGCCAGAAGUUUUAUAUAUUUUUGAAAGCCUUUUUGUACGACACAUAUGCACUGAUCAUCGAUGAGGAGCAGCUUCUAGAUUCAUUUGCAUGAGGCAUCGCGAUUAAUGUACAGUAUGACAUGAUGCAGCUGCUGUGCAAGCAUUUUUAUAUAGCGUGAUAACUGCAAAAGCAUGCUUUUUAUCACUUUUUUUUUUUAAUUUUUGCCCUCCCCACCUUAUCUGGCGAGCUGUUCCUAAUACAGGGGAGGGCAUGGUGAAGCAGGUAGCAAGAUUGUGCAUUUUCUCGAGACCGUGUCAGAAGUCACAUGAACUGGAUAAAGAAGCGUAGCAUGUUGUAGAUAUCAUUGUAGUCGCUCGUGACAGUUGCAUAUUCAAUAAAAAAAAAAAGAACUACCUGUGGCAAUCCA